AUGCUGUUGCCUCCGGGCUUUCAAGGGGACAAACCAAACCAAGUAUGCAAACUUCUUCGUUCUCUCUACGGGCUCAAGCAGGCUAGCCGGCAGUGGAAUGCGAAGCUCACUACUGCCUUAACAAAGGAGGGAUUCCAGCAGUCUAAGGCCGAUCCAUCCCUAUUUACAAGAGGACAUGAUGCUAGCUUCAUUGCCCUCCUAGUUUACGUGGAUGACAUUAUUGUUACCAGUGCUAACAUGUCUUUAAUUCACGAGCUCAAGGUUUUUCUGGACAGUGUAUUCAAGAUUAAAGACUUAGGCAGCUUGGGCUAUUUCCUUGGAAUAGAGGCACAGUUAACAGAAAAUGGUCUCAACAUAUGCCAGCGCAAAUAUGCUCUGGAUAUUCUUGAAGAGUCAGGGUUCACUCACAGUAAGCCUGUGAGCACGCCAAUGAUACAAAAUCAACAUCUCACACAUGAUGAUAGUCCUAGUCUUGGUGAUAUUGGCAGCUACAGACGUUUAAUAGGCAGGUUAUUAUACCUAAUCGCAACUCGCCCGGACAUUGCUUAUAUAGUUCAACAACUAAGCCAAUUUGUUGAUGCUCCUACUGAGGCACAUAUGUCCGCUGCUCAUCGUCUUCUACGCUAUCUCAAAAGUGCUCCAGGUCAGGGAUUACACUACCCAAAGAACGGGAAUAUGCAGCUCACAGUUUUCUCUGACUCGGAUUGGGCGACUUGUGCGGAGACACGAAAAUCCAUCACUGGCUUUUGUGUGUUCCUUGGAUCAGCACUCAUCUCCUGGAGAUCGAAGAAGCAGGCUACGGUCUCUAGAUCAUCUUCCGAAGCGGAGUAUCGUGCCCUUGCUACAACUGUUUGUGAAGUACAAUGGAUUAAGUCCUUAUUGCGCGAUCUCCAAGUUGAAAUAGACAAACCAGCAGCACUCUUUUGUGACAACAAAGCAGCCAUUGCCAUCUCCGAAAAUCAUGUGUUUCACGAGAGAACGAAACACAUAGAAAUCGAUUGUCACGUUGUCCGUGAAAGAGUAACACAAGGCCUAGUUAAGUUGCUAUACGUUCCAUCCUCAGGGCAGGUUGCAGAUGGAUUCACCAAGCCUUUACCCACUGCUUAA